CACCUAUUCACCUUUUUUAGCCCCCUAUUCUAGAGAAGAGGAAUUUACUGUGACUUGCUGUGCCCAUCGCGGUUCAAUUUACGGUACACUGCCGUACUUGUAUUUCGCGUUCAAUAAUACUGGUACUGGUGCCCGUAUCGCAGGAGUUCAGUUCAGUGCUUUACCGUACUGUGCACUGCACCCCCUUCGCAAACUCACCACCACAAUCCCGAAAAAGAUGCUCAAGCCAACCCUCCUCCUCCUCCUUCCCUUCCUCCUCCUAACCACAGCCCACACGGCCGAGCCCCCAGACCAACCGAAAACCUGGGCGGAACAGCACCUGGAGCAGGAGCACCACAUCAACAACUUCGACCCCGGCGCAUUCUUCACCCUCCACGAUUUCGACUCGUCCGGCACCUGGACGCGCGAUGAGGUCCUACGCUUCUACGGCCUGAGUCAGCCGGACACCCACACCUCCUUCAGCGAGGAGACGAGAUCGCACGUCUGGGAAACGAUCCUCUCCUCCAUGGACUUUGACCAUGAUGGGAAGAUUUCAAUGGAGGAGUUCCAGUCGUUUAGCAGUGGUGGGAAUACCUUGCCGGAUUUCGGGGUUUGUGAAAUGCUUCUCUCUUUCUUUGGGGGGGGGGGAUCACCCGUGUGUGUGUGUGUGUGUGUGUGUGUGUGUGGACUGACAAGCUGAUCGUUGUGGGGGUGGAUAUAGUUGGGACCUGGACAUCAUGGUGAUGAUGAGUACGAGUAUGAGAUUCACCAUUUCGAAAAGUAUCAUAACGAGGAGACUACCGAGGAGGAACUGACGCAUCCCGAGGAUAUUGAGCAUGUAUGGGUUGCACUCGUUCGAAUCUUUGGGUUUGAUUUAUUAGGGCUGAUUUGGGUUCCAUCUAGUUCCGGAAGCAUGAUCAAGACCAUGAGGCGGAGGAGAGACAGGCUGUUCUCGACAUGAAGCCCAUCAUUGAGCAGAACAUUCCGAGAAAGUUCUUGGUGGACGGGGCUUGAUAUGGUAUGUUGGACGUGCAUGGGGGCUGGCUUGUGUGUAUGUAUAAAAGAUGCAUCUAUAAACGGGAGUCUGAGGUUAUGGUCUUCUUAGUUAGUUGAUCGGCUGGUUAUUUAUAGCUUAGUGGUAAUAUAUAAUAAUAAUACCUAAUACCUAUGCUGUACCAGUACAAGAAAUACUCCCCCCUCCCCCCUGCAUAUACGCACCGUCUACAAUCCCUCCCCGCCGAUGCGAAUAUCGAAAACGCAAUGCAUGACACCGGGAGCAAACGUCUUGACCCUUUCAACGUGCUCGCAAACAAUCUUCCUCCCACCUCCCCUCUCCUUCUCGAACCCUUCGAAGGCCCUGACCACUUGACCCGCCAUCCCAUCAAUCUCCCCGAUCCCCACAUUCUCGUGAACGUGCACCCACCCACCCUGCUCCGCCAAC